AUGAAAAAUCAAGGAAAAAUGUCUCGUUUUUAUCAAAGUGAUAAUCAUUCAAUUUCUGUUUCUCCAAUAACUGAAUCACAACAACAAAAAAUAAGUUUAUCUAAUAGUUUAUUAAUACAAAAAGUUAGAGGAAAAAUGUCUUUACAACAUUUUCCACCAUCACCAACUAUUAAUACUUUACCAGAAAAUAUAACUAUUUCUUCUGUAAGUGGUAGUAGUGAUUUAUUUAAUGGAAGAACAGUUUCAUCUACACCUAGUAGCCCAAAAGUUGAAUUAAAAAAAGGUACAUUAAAAUUUCGUUAUAUUUGGCCUGUUCAUGUUUCACUAAGAAGAUUAAGUUCUUAUGAAUAUGCUAUAUUUCAUAUUUCACCUAAAUUUGCCACUGUAUAUGAAAGAAUAUCAUUUCAAUGGACAUUAAAAAUACAUGGUAAAGCAAAUUUAGGUAAUGAUGAAGAAGAGAAUGAAGAUUUAGAAGGUGAAGAAGAUUAUGUAGCAGUUGCUAUAUAUUAUUUAGAUGGACCAUCUAAUGAUAUUACAUUACGUGCACGUGUAAGAAUAUUAACAGAUGGUAAUGAUGACUCUGGAGAUGAAGCAGUUAUUGAAGAAAAAUGUUGUGUAAAAGCAUCUAAAGGUGUUGAAACAGAAUUAACACAAAGUGAUAGAGCAUCAAUUUCAAGAUAUAUAAAAGAUAAUGUUGGAAAAGAAAUUAAACUUGCUUUACUUAUGGAAAUAUAUGAAGAUGUUUUUGAUAAAAAUACAUAUUUAAAUAUGACUUCACCAACACCAUUCUCAAGUUUUCUUACAGCUAAUUAUAGAGCAAGAGCAAGUUCUUUUCUAUACAAGAAAAAAAAAUCAACAAGUUCUAGAAGUUAUUAUAGUUUUCGAACACAUAGAGGAAGAAAUAAAUCUACAAAUUCAUCAUGUUGGAAUAAAUUAGAUUAUGAAAAAAUUUUUAAUCAAGUAAUGACAAAAGAAAGAGAACUUCGAGAGAAAGCUGCUUUACAAAAUCAAAAAAAUGAUUCUAGUGAAGAAGAUAUAAAUAAUACUAAAACAGAAAAAGUAAAUAAAGUUUCGAUAAACUUUGCUAGAAAUGAUUCAGAAGAUGAAAUUGAAAAAAAUUAUCAAUGUGGAAAUGAUGAAGUAGCUAGUGAACAUUCAGUUUUAUUUAAAAAACUUUUAAUAGCCUGUUGUGAGUCAUGUGAAAGAAGAGCAUCUAUAUCCGUUCAACAUUAUGAUGAUGGAGUUGAAGAAAAUGAGAAAGAUAAUAUGGAAAAUGCUGAGAAAAAAAGUUUAAGUGAUAUUGAUGGUGAAGAAGAUGAUGAACUUGAUGACUCUUCAGGUCCUUUUGAAUGUUGUGAAGAAAGUCAAAUAGAAAUUCAUGAUGCAAUGGCAAAUAUGUAUUUUACAAAAGUUGCAUUACCAUUAAUGGAAUUUAUAGAAGAUUUCGCUGAUUUUCUUAUUGAUGCAGAAAUAAAUGAUUUACCUGUUCUUAAAAAAGCUUGUGAAAGAUAUUUAUGUACUGAAUUAAUAACAAAAAAAGAUAUUAAAACAAGUAUAAUAUUAGAUUUUCUUUUUCUUUCUAUGGUUUUCCAGUUACCUGUUAUGAAGAGUAUGACACUUUGUGAAAGUACUGAAAGAUAUAAAGAAAUCAGAGAUGUAGAAGCAUUAAUGAAACUUGAGGAAUAUCAAGAAAUUGAUAAAAGAAUACGAUCAAUGAGUGAAAGAAAUUUACCAGAAUUAAUUGAUGAAAUUAAAAAAUUUAGAGAACAAAAAAUGAGAAUUCAAAGAGUGCCUAAAAAAUUUUCAUCUUAA